GUUACAAUCGCCGCGAAAGUUGGGGAUAAAUGUAGUCCAGGUGGACUGCCUGAUCGUUCUAUGGUAAAACUGUGUACAUACAUACAUGUAUUGAUUGAAGAUGGCGUCAUCCUAUGGGUCAGCAUCAGGAAUGGCAGGGUCCAACCAAAUCUGCUUAAAAGAUGCUGAAGCUGCCUUCAAUAAGCUGAAAAAUGCAAAGUCCACUGAAAACACUCAGCAAGCUUUGAAGACAUGUCGUAAAAGCAUUUGCCUGGUUGUAGAGAAAUACUUGACAGACUUGCAGAAAGUUUCAGCAGAACUGUCAAAGGAUGCAUCUGGCACACCAGCAGAACUGUCCAGGGGUGCAUCUGGUACACCCCUCUGCAUCGUUGUACUCAAUUUCCUACAUUCUUGCAUGAGGCAGUUCCCCAACAUCUUCGCUCGCACAGGUUUGACAAUGUCUGGUGCCAUUGACACAGCAGUACCCAUGAGGCCUCAGUUGCUGGUGCCUCAGGAUCCUGAGUAUUACAUGUGUAGAGGUCUGAAUAUGUGGCUGUUAUCUUGCCUGACCAGGAUUCUCAAUGAUUACUUUUGCUUGGCCCUUCACGAUCAAAUCACCCGAGUCACAGUGUCUUUGCUUCAUGCUGUCAAGUACAAAGACCCACCAUCCUUCACCGAACUACUGAAUGAGUUCUGUCGACUCUUGACAGAUGUCUCUGCUGCAGUGUCGAAUAACUUUGCUGCGGGUGAUGUGGAAGAGUUGGACCCCCCUCUGGAAAUUGAACACUUUGUAGUUGAUGGGGACCAGCUAAACAGCUCAGAGGACCAGGAAGUACUUGCCAUCUACAAUAACUCCAGACCAAUCACUUUGAGAUAUCAUACCAACUGUAAUCUACUUCAGUUGGCUUUGACGAAGAUCCUGAGUGAAGUGAUACCAGAUGUGACACUGAUCCGUUCAAUCCAUCAAACCCCAGGCCUUUGGGACACACUGGUUACCCAGUUCGAUGCUGGCCAGUAUGAAGUUAAACAGGUCACACUGGAUGUAAUAACUAAAUUGCUGGCUCUGAAUGGACCACCUACAGUCGACAUUCUUGACAAGUUAAUCCAUCUCAUGCUAUUCCUCCUGACGUUAUUCCUCUCAGGAGACAACUUGGAAAGUUACGAGGAUGUGGUUGGUUUGGAGCAAAGCCUCGCUUCAUGCUUCAGUGAAUUUUUCUGUCUUGAACAACACAACCAUCACCAACGUUUACCUCUCUCAGUUCUUGAGGUUACCAUGGAGACCAUUGCUAGAUACCUACCAAUCAGAGGCCUAGGAGUCAUUCAGACAGAGGAGUUGCGAGGUGAAAUCGGUUCCAUGCUUCAGUAUGUCUACAGCCAGUUUGCUGUUGAUUCUGAGCCGAUGGUUACAAUUAGACAGAAACACACCAAGACCAUCAACACUGCCCUCAUUGUUGACUUGGGAAAGAUUUCCAACCUUCAGUUUGUUGUAGCACCACACUUGACGACAAUCCAGAAUGAAUUCUCAUCCUACCAAACCUGCAAACCUGAGUUACGAACAUCAAAUCAUCCCUCUACCACAUCCACUCUAUCAACAGCAUCAUCCCGCAUCAGCGGGAAAAAUACCCUCAUCUCCAUGGCAACUGUUGCUAUGGAUACCAGUAGCUCAUGUGCAAGCAGUAGUGAUGAGAGGCAGGAGAAGAGGAGACGUCUGACAUUACACCGGACACCAGGCAAAAAGGGAUCUAAACCAGGAGAGAUGACCAGCAGUAGUGAUGAGGAUUCAAUUUCCAUUGUUGAGAAUUCAGACACGGUAAAAGAAAUCAGAGAGAAGUUGAGCAGCCUGUACCUAAGUGUCACCAGGGGAGAAGGGGAGAGUCUUCCAACCGUUUUAGAGGGAAUUCGAUGUGCCCUAGAGAUCCUUCUGCGAUCAUGUUCCCAUCUGUUUGCCAAGACAAUGCCAAAAGACAAGUCCACCAAUCCACCUGACAAAACCCCACGGUCAUCCAAAUUACGAAACAAAGGUCAGCAGUUGAGCAAGAACAUGUUUUCUGCUUGGAUGCCUGCCCAACAAAUGCAAGAACUGUGUGCUGCCCUCGUAGGUGUCGUACGUAAUCUGGCAGGUUGCCAAGAGGCGGUCGUUGAACCUUGUUACAAGAAACUUGUUGAAAUUAUUGGUUCCUUGCUAACCACGCAAGACUUUGUAAAGUUGCCCAUUUUUCAACUGCACACAUUCGUUUGGAUGCUGUCAUUACCAUGGUUACCAAUGGAUUCUAACUGGCUUGAUCUCAGAGUCCAGGGGGAAGUGACAACAAAAGAGGUCGCUGACCUGAGCACUGCCUUGGCUGAUAAGAUUGAUGAGGAAACCGAGUGUCUGUUUCUUCAUUGUCUUGCACUGUUUCCGAAAGAAGUUGCCUCCAAGUGGAGAACACACAUCUUCAAAGCAGCUGUGGGAAGUAACAAGGUAAAAGUUCGUGUUGCUGCAGUUAGGGCCUUCCCUUUCCUGCUUCACAAUCUAGGAAUCAAUUCACUGCAUCUUCUGUAUGAUCACAUCCAUGGCAUGCUAAAAGACAAAUCCACAGAGGUUUUGGAGGAACUUGGCAGGAGUAUUGGAACUAUGUCAUGUGUCAUCAGUAAAAAUGUCACACCCAACAGGACCUUUGACCUACGUGCUUUGACUACCCUGUCUAGUACCCUGACUCUUCAUUGUCAUACCUGUGAGCAAGACACUGCUACUUCAGUAGGUGGAGAGUCAGUGUCCAGUGAGAGUUUACCAUUAGCUGUUGUCACGCCGUAUCUUACUUUGCUCUCACACAAAGUCUCUGUCAAGCAGGCAUUUCUGAGCAGUUUCCAUCAUGUCUACAAUCACCUGGAUCUUCUGAGACCCAACACAGCUGUGACUAACUUCCUCAUUUCCUGCCUUGAUCUGAUUGAGGACAAGUCCUAUGAUCUUAGGGUUGAAUUCAGCAAGAACAUCAAGUAUCUGAUUGGUUGUGGAGAGCGAUCCAACACAGCCAAUGACCAGGCAGUAGUCACUAGACUCAAAGCUGCGUUCUUGGCUGCCAAAGCCUCAGGGAAUAACAGGUUGCAAGAGACAGUGGUCCACACAAUCGCAGAACUUGGAAUGGUUGCUGAGGGGGAGUUGUUACUAGUCACCAUCAUCAGUCUAUUAGAAUCCCUUCUCUCCUCGUCAGUUCUGGUCAGAGCUGCUGCCUAUGUCAAGCUCCAAGAGGUUGCAUCAGCCAAAGACCUCAAGAUAUCAGUCCUGUUUGCUCGUUUCAAGCAACCAAUUUGUCAAUUUCUUGUCGAAGCUUUGCAUCAAUCUCAGGAUAACACCACUAGCUCUGGUUGUCUGCAUGUAAUUAGUGAGGUAGCUCAUGUCUUUGAGUUCAAAGACAAACAAGCAUUUCUGUCGCAAAUGAUGAGAUUUCUGCUUCCCAGAAUAGUGAGUAAAGCUACACCAGUGGCCUCUGCCAUCUUGAGGGUCAUUGCUAAGACACUGAAAGUGAACCACAGAGAGAUGUUAGUCGACUGUUUCCGCUACAUCUUCUCAUAUCUCGUAAGAACCUGCAACAAGCCUGACUUAGAGAAAGCUCUACUCUACCUACAGAAUGAGACAGAUAUAGAACUUGGUAGUUUAAUGCGGAUGGAUUAUCAAAGUCUACAUAACGAGCUUUUGCUUCAUCUCAGUGAGAACUAUACACAGGUAUUCAGUGGGCUAGCGAUGCUGGCAUCUAAGGAUUCCAACUAUAGAGGGCCUAAACCAAUCACGGAGGCAUCAGACAUGGCUGACUUCCUACAGCCAAGACUUCUGGGCAUUCUAGCCUUCUUUGACUCCCAGCUGCUGAAUUCACACAUUGCAGUAGAAGACAAGAAACUGGCGCUAGAAAGUCUAGUUUGCAUCAUGAAGCUGAUGGGUACCAAGCACAUCACUGGUGUCCGUCUCAAGAUCAUGGCAACACUGAAAAUUGGCCUCCGCUACAAGGAUAAUGGGUUUCCUUUGCUGUCUUGCAGGGCUUGGCAGUGUUUUGUACACAGUGUUGAGCCGUCAUCUCUCGGUCCUAUGAUCAGCCAAGUUAUUGUCACUCUAUUGCCUUUACUCCAUCAACUACCAGAACAGGUGGCCAAGAUCUACAAUUUCCUCAUUGUUGAAAACAGAGAUGCUUUCAGUCAGCAUUUUCAUGAGUUGUACUUCAUGCCUGAUUUGGCUGAGCUCACUGAAGUUAACUCAGUCCUGAAGGAGCAUCGUGAGGAUCCGUCCAGCCAGCCAGAUCUCAAGACACAGCUGAGGCAAUCCAUCAAAGGAGUCACUCAUGAGAGCUUGGAUGUCAGACUUCAUGCUCUGUCAAAACUCAGAGAUUUGCUACGCAAAAACCAAUCUGAUCUUCAUGAAUAUGUGAUGGGAAAUGAAACCAUAGAUCCUACAAUAACAGAACUCGUUUCUGUGUUACUGAGUGGCUGCCGUGACUCAGACGGCAAAGCACAGAGUUUGUUUGGGGAGUGUCUUGGUGAGCUAGGAGCUGUUGACCCUGGGAGACUAGAGAUCAUCACCAACAAUAAGACAGAAGACAUGUCCAAAUUCCACCUAGCUGCAGCUGAUACCCGAUCUCAAGAUUGUUCUGCCUAUGCCAUACAGGAACUCUUACAGAUCUAUGAAUGCAGAGAAUCGCCCAAAGAAUCGUCUGGUCGGCAGUUGUGGAGGCGUUUCCCUGCCCACAUCCAGGAGAUCUUACUCCCCCUCCUUGAUGCUAAGUACGUCCCCGCCUCCUCCCCUUCUUGGACCAACAUUCCUAAGCCCAUCUAUCGGAGUAAGAAAGGCAAGACUUACAAAGAUUGGGUGUGUGCGUGGACAGGAUAUCUCGUCACCAAGCAUGCUUUAUUGGACAGUACACAGGAGGAUAAGGAAGAGAUUCGUCAGGAGAUCCUUUCCGUUCUUACCCACGCUGAGAAGGCAGAGGAUCAACGAUCGGGUGAUGUCAGUCACAUGAGCGCUCAGACAGUGUUUUCAGUGUUGGAUUACUUGACACGCUGGAAGAGGCACAGGGUUCAGCUACUGUCUGUGGCAAGGACCCAGAAGAAAUCACAGAGUGGAAACCUGCAUAUUGAGGAUGAUGCCGAGUACCAGUUAAUCCAUGGUUUCCUAGAACAAAUCCCACAGGAUGUAUUAGCCAGAGCAUCCUUUCAGUGCAAGGCCUAUGCACGAUCCCUUAUGCAUUGUGAAGCAUACAUCAGCAAGAGUAGAAACAACUUACAGCAGCAGCUGGGCUUCCUGCAGAAGCUGUACAUAGCCCUAGAUGAACCAGACGGUGUCCUUGGCGUAUCAGCAAUUAGACAAGAAACUCCAACACUUCAUGAACAGAUACUAGAUCAUGAGAGUAGAGGUAAUUUACGGGAUGCCUCUGCUUGCUAUGAGCGAGCCAUUCAGUUGGAGCCUGAUGAGCCUUCCCAUCACGCUGGGUUGCUUCGUUCAUUGAUGGGUCUUGGACAACUUACCACAGCCCUAGUACAUGUCAACGGGGCAUUGGUUGAACGCCCUGAUUGGAUGAGCAAACUGAAUGCUUACCGAGUUGAGGCUUGCUGGAAACUUGCCAAGUGGGACACAUUGGAGACACACCUCAAGAUGGAGACAAGGAACACUUCUGACUGGAACGUUGGACUGGGAAAGAUUCUCUUGGCAGCUAAACAGAAGAAUGAAGAUGAGUUUAAGAGACAACUGAAGGUUGUACGAAGUGCUCUAAUGGGUCCACUGUCAGCAGCUAGCAUGGAGACUGGAUCUUACCAACGUGGCUAUGAGUACAUCACAAGACUUCAUGUUCUGCGUGACCUUGAGCAAGGCAUCCGUUGCCUCGGUAGCUUGCCACUAAAUGCCUCAACAAAUGAGGGAGAUACCAUGAAUCGUCAUCAACUCCUAGCUUCAUGGGAUGUUCGUCUUUGCAUGACACAAUCAUCAUUCCGCACCCAGGAACCAUUGCUGUGUUUACAGAGGAUUAUGCUGGGACUGUCAGAGAGACCUGAGAAUUUCAGUAAGAAUAAAGAUCUUGGUCUGUGUUGGUUGAAGAGUGCAAAAGUCGCCAGAAAGGCUGAUCACCUCCAGACGGCCUACAGUUCCUUGCUGAAUGCUAGUUUGUUUAAUCUACCAGAUCUGUGUAUUGAAGAAGCUAAAUAUCUCUGGAGUAAGGGAGAGGGGCACCAAGCAUUGAUCACCUUGCAGAAGGGCGUUGCUGAUCAUUUCUCAGAGGAAACUCGAGCAAGGAGGGGUUCCUCGCAAGAUGUUCAGUCUGAGAAACUCACACAUGCAAAGGCACUGCUCCUGGUGGGUAGAUUCAUGGAAGAAACAGCCAAGUUUGAGAGCAACUCGGUUAUGAAGCAAUACAAAGAUGUUCUAGAUGUCUACCCAGAAUGGGAAGAUGGACAUUUCUACUUGGCCAAGUACUACGAUAGACUCAUGCUGAGCCUGUCAGAACGCCCGGAGAAAUCUGGUGAAUUCAUCUUGUUUGUGGUUCGUCAUUUUGGUCAUUCUCUGCUCUAUGGUAAUCAGUAUAUCUAUCAAUCCAUGCCUCGGUUACUCACGCUCUGGUUGGACUACGGAUCGCAUGUCGCUGAGCUUGAGAAAGGCAAGAAAACAGAGAAGACGCUCACCAGCAAGAACAUCUUGACGAGACUCAACAAGAUUCUGGCUGACCUGACUGUGAAGCUAGCCCCUUACCAGUUUCUGACCGCUUUCUCUCAGCUCAUCUCUCGCAUCUGUCAUGCUCAUGGGGAAGUCUUUAUUCAGCUACAGGAGAUCAUUGCUCGUGUUCUCGUGGCCUUUCCUCAACAAGCUGUUUGGAUGUCCAUGGCCGUCUCUAAGUCUUCCUACCCUGUGAGAACCAAACGUUGCAGUGAUAUCUUCAACAGGGCUAAGUAUCUGCAGAAGAACCUCAACAAGUUCAUCCAGGAUGCCACAAGACUGACCGAUCGACUGCUUGAGUUGUGCAACAAACAAGUUGAGCUGACAUGUAACACGCUUAGCAUCAAUAAUGACUUCAGAUCACUCAAGAGGCUUGUAGACGACAGCAAUUUCAGUAACAUCAUUGUACCCCUGCAAUCAGCAGUGACUGUCACCCUUCCUAGUAGUCAAGGAGCUCAUCGAGAUCAUGAUCCCUUCCCUAUGGCCCAGAUAUUCAUCAACAGCUUUGAUGAUGUGGUGGAGGUACUCCCGUCUCUACAAAGACCUAAGAAGAUUGGCAUCCAGGGAUCAGAUGGCAAGCUAUAUGUCAUGAUGUGCAAACCAAAGGAUGAUCUGAGGCAGGACAAUCGUUUGAUGGAAUUCAACGGAGUUGUCAAUAAAUGUUUGAGGAAGGAUGCUGAGUCGCGUCGUGCUCAGCUUCACAUCAGGACAUACGCUGUCAUUCCAUUGAAUGAGGAAUGUGGACUCAUUGAAUGGGUCCCUAACACAGCUGGGUUGAGAUACAUCCUCCAUAAAAUAUACAGGCAAGUUCAAAUCCUGCGAAGUUUCCACCUAAAAAUGUUACAUCUUGAAUUUCUGAGUUUGACGUUUCUUCACAGGCAGGUGUUGGAUAUUUUCAGGACCAAGUUACUGCCCAAGUUUCCGCCAGUCUUUGGGGAGUGGUUUCUCAAGACUUUCCCUGACCCUACCUCAUGGUACCUGAGUAGACUGGCAUAUGCUCGGACCUCAGCUGUUAUGUCUAUGGUUGGCUAUAUACUGGGUCUGGGUGACAGACAUGGUGAGAACAUUCUUUAUGACUCCACUACGGGAGACUGUGUGCAUGUGGACUUUAACUGUCUCUUCAACAAGGGUGAGACGUUUGAGUACCCAGAGAGAGUCCCUUUCCGUUUAACUCACAACAUGGAGACUGCUAUGGGACCAAUGGGCAAGGAAGGUAUCUUCCGACGAGCUUGUGAGGUCACCAUGAAGGUCAUGAGGGAUCAGAGAGAACCACUCAUGAGCGUUUUGAAGACCUUCAUUUACGACCCAUUGGUAGAAUGGAGCAAGCCAGCUAAGGGAACACGGACGUCACAUCUCAGCGAAUCAGGAGAGAUUAAUAAUGAAAAGGCCCUGACUCAUGUCAAAGACAUCGAGCAACGCUUACAGGGAAUCUUGAAGAACAAGAACAAGACAAGAGGUCUACCUCUCUCUAUUGAAGGUCAUGUGCAUUACCUACUACAGGAAGCAACAUCUGAAGCUAAUCUGGCUCAAAUGUACUUUGGAUGGGCUGCCUACAUGUAGGGAUCUAUCAGUCCAAUUUUUGCGUCUCGAAACACAUUCAUAGAUUGAACAACAUGGUUUGGAAUGAAACACUUGACCGUGUGAACCCUGGUAUAGACAUUAAUACCACUCAACAGAUGGUCUAGUGUUCGAGUCUAAUAUCGGUGAAGCUGGGAAGUGUUUUCUCACCAUCUUUCAUGGGUGUUCAUCUUGCAGUAGCUUGAUUUCAGUGUUUGUAGACGUUAUUGGAACCAAUGUGUAUGCAAUCAUUUAUGUGAACAUGGAAAUUGAGACAAAAAUGUCACAGCCCACAUCUUAUGAGGAACGAAUUCAGCCCACAUCUUAUGAAGAACAAAUUCAGCCCACAUCUUAUGAAGAAGGAAUUCAGCCCUUA